GCCUCAUAUACAUCCAGCGAACUUCACCAAAUUUUAUACUACACCUUAAAACUCACCACGUCGUUCCAUCUCCCAACGCUCCCAAUUCCGCCGCAUCAUCACAACUAAUUCCGACACGAAAACAAAAAAUAAGCCACGAAAACAAACUUCCCAAUUCCCAAAUUACCCUCCCAACUUCUCCAAAUUCACAUCACAACCACCCUUUAUUAACCAUUUUUCGUGUUCUCCCCACGCAUCGCACUCAUAAAACCAUCUCAAUUCUCAACCCAUUUCCACCACCGCCACGUCAUCACCUUUCUCUCUCAACAAUGGCUUCGACGAUGCUCAAGAGAGCCAUCAACAAACUCUCAUCCUCCUCCCCGGCUUCUCGGCUAACCCUACUCCGAGCCCACGCCUCCGAAGCCGAAGCCCAGCAGGUCCAGCCUAAAGCCCGCGACACCACCGCUCUAAAGAAAUUCCAAAUCUACCGCUGGAAUCCCGACUCUCCGUCAAAGCCCGAGCUCAAGGAAUACGAAAUCAACCUCAAGGAGUGCGGGCCUAUGGUUCUCGACGCUCUUAUUAAGAUCAAGAACGAAAUCGAUCCGAGCCUCACUUUCCGUCGAUCGUGCCGCGAAGGGAUCUGUGGCUCGUGCGCGAUGAACAUCGACGGUUGUAAUGGACUUGCGUGCUUGACGAAGAUUCCGUCGGAGGGUGCGGAUACGACGAUUACGCCGCUGCCUCAUAUGUUUGUGGUGAAGGAUCUUGUGGUUGAUAUGACCAAUUUUUAUAAUCAGUAUAAGAGUAUUGAGCCGUGGUUGAAGAGGAAGAAUCCGCCGUCCGAGCCGGGGAAGGAGAUUCUUCAGAGUAAGAAGGAUAGGGCUAAGCUGGAUGGGAUGUAUGAGUGUAUUUUGUGUGCAUGCUGUAGCACAUCGUGCCCUAGUUAUUGGUGGAACCCUGAGUCUUAUCUUGGACCCGCUGCUUUGCUCCAUGCUAAUAGGUGGAUAAGUGACAGCCGUGACGAGUACACUACGGAGAGAUUGGAAUCCAUUAAUGAUGAAUUCAAGCUCUAUCGCUGCCACACCAUAUUGAACUGUGCUCGUGCCUGUCCAAAGGGUUUGAACCCUGGAAAGCAAAUUGCACAUAUCAAGUCGCUUCAGCCAAAAGCUUGAAAUCCAAUUCUUAGAAGCGUGAUUGUGUUUGCAUUGCAAAAGUUUACCAACAAAUUUUAUAUUGUCUUUUAGUUUUUGAAAUAAAUGUUAAAUAGCCAAUAGAGAACCCAUCUCCUAAAUUGGUUGAGAGCCAUUUUGCAUAAACAAGCUCCCUUUGAAUGACAGUCUAAAAGAUUGCGCAAUCAGUAUAUUAAAGCUUAAAUUUUCUCAUCA